GGUGGAAACCAAUAAAAGUGAUGAGACCAGAGCCCAGCAGAACCCACUUCUACAUUCACCUUUAAGCAACGCCGUCCAGUCGCAGGUCUGAAAUGUGCUCUCCUCUGCAAAACGCCGUUGAGGACAUGAUCAAGAUUUUCUACAGCUAUUCAGCAAAAGAAGGUGACAAAUAUAAACUGAACAAGAAGGAGCUGAAGGAUCUGUUGGAGAAAGAGCUCCCUGCUUUCUUCAACGGCACCAAUGAUUCCUCUCUGGUUGAGAAGCUUCUGUUGGACCUGGAUGACAACAAGGAUGGUGAAGUGGAUUUUGAGGAGUUUGUCAAUCUAGUUGCUGCUCUGGCUGUCGCUUCCAAUGAAUUUUUUGUAGAUUACGUUAAAGAGGAAGACCUGAAAAAAGCUGAGGAUCAUAAGGAAUGUGGAGAUGGCCACAAAAGAGACUGAAAUAAAACUACAUAAAAACUGCAGUAAAGGCAUCGUAUUGGGAUAAAGUGCUUUGUAAUGUUGC